UUCCAGCUGCUGUGCUGACAUAAAAGCCCAUUGUUACAGCCCUCUCUUGUUAUAGGACAGUAGUCAUCUCACAAAGUAACUCAGAUAUCGCAGCGAGGAACACAGCACAUCGGGAAAAAUGCCGCCCCACGUGAAGCCCAAGUCAAAAAUUACGGCCUCCCGGAAGCUGUCCCUAAAGAUCCUGCUCCUGUCCAAGGCCAUGGAGGAGCUGGAGAAGGAGACGAUGGACCGGGACGAAGAGAAAGUGCGGUAUCUGGGUGAGAAAAUGGCCCCUCUGCAGAUGUCUGGACUCUCAAUGGACGAGCUGCAGAGUCUCUGCAAGCAGCUCCAUCACAAAAUUGAUGUUGUGGACGAGGAGCGUUAUGACUGUGAAGCGAAAGUCAUCAAGAACAACCGAGAUAUCCACGAGCUGAAGCUGAAGGUCCAGGACCUGGGGGGCAAGUUCAAGAAGCCGGCCCUGAGGAAGGUGCGCGUGUCUGCAGACGAGAUGAUGCGCGCCCUGCUGGGCUCCAAACACAAGGGCUCCAUGGACCUGCGCGCCAACCUCAAGUCCGUCAAAAAGGAGGACAUCAAGCAGGAGAAGGUGCUGACCACCGAGGUCGGGGACUGGCGUAAGAACGUGGAGGCCAUGUCUGGCAUGGAGGGCAGGAAGAAGAUGUUCGACGCGGCCGGUGGCGCAGGCCAGUGAGCGCCACGGCAACCCUGGAGCCGGGGGGGGGGGGGGGGGGGGGGGGAGAGGGGGGGGGUGCGGCAGAGAGACUGAAGAAGCCCCGAGAGGACUGUGGGGAGUUUGCGCUUCACCUGGAGAGAGAGAGAGAGAGAGAGAGAGAGAGAGAGAGAGAAAACGCUCCACACAGAACCAUUGCAUGACGACAGCAGGGCACCUCUGGCCGUUUCCUAAAACACUGUCCUGUACGCAGUAAGGUGUUCAGUGUUAAAUCAGCCCAGGCAGAGUGCAUUUCAGUCUGAUAGUAUGAAUGUCAUCCCUGUUGUGCUCAUAUAAACUCUGUUUAGGUUUGAGUUAACACUGAACAUUGUAGCAUGCGGCAAAUUUCUUGGUUAUCAUGACAUGUGUGUCUAAUUGAUGCUUGAGAUCCAUUUAUGUUUUUCGGGACAAACCCCAAUCAAAGUGUUUGCAACAUAAUUGACGGGAAGAUACUUUCUUUUACUCGCCCCAGCAUACUGCAAAGAAACCGGUUUUAUAAUGUUUGAUGUGUCCAACAGGAAGCUUUCCCUGAAGCUUUUAUUUCUCUUAGUGCAACCUAGGAUGGCUUUUCAUUCGUGCGGAGCUCUGUGCUGAUAAUGUACAGUAGAACCUCUGAGAUGCGUUGGAUGUGAGGAUCAAUUGGACAUCUGGAACAUUACUGUAGCCUUAAACCUGAAACCUUUAAGUUAAAAAGCAACAAUCAAACCGGAGGUAAUUAGCAUUGUUUCGGCUUUCUAACGUCUUUGGCUUCCUUUUCAAUGACGUGCUAUCUUGUUUUAACUGUUUCAUUUUGUUCUAGCCUUAAGACUGCCAGCUUCCCCACGUUGUUUUCUGUUCAGAAAUAAUCCCAGGAAAUGCUCCUGUGUUUAAUUCUGGCAAUGUUACGAGCAUGGAAAGUGUGCUUCACUUCUCUUUAAUACCGACCUUUUUGUCAUGUGUGAUAAGGAGCUUGUUAAGGCACAUGUACACAUGCCUCUUCCAGUUUUGAUACACUGUUUACACCGAGGCCAAAAUGAUCAGUCAGCAUGCACCUGAGCCUCACAUCUUCGGGGUUCUACUGUAGCGUAUUACAGGUGUGACGGAGUGUGGAUCCCCAUGGAGAGAUAACUGAAGGAGGGAGACGUUAAAACUGCAUGUGAGCAGAUUAGGCCUCGCAGCUCCAGCUGCAGAGUAACUCACCCGUGGCUGACAGUCUUAAUGGACAAUAAAAGAUUGAUGAAGCCCUGUG